AUGCGCCGCGUCCUUCUCCCGGCAGCGGCGGCGGGGGCCUCGCGUCGGAUGCGGUGGUUUGUGGGCCUAUGGGCGGUGCGAGGCCUCUCCACCGCCCCCGACGCCGCGGCGGGCGGCACGAAGAUGUCUGGCUUUGAGUUUUCCACCCCGAACUUCUCCCUCGACGGCGGAGUGGACGUGGGCGCGGACGACGUCGUGAGGGAUUUGGUGACAAGCCCCGUGACGGACCUCGACUUUGUGCGCGACGUGUACGGCCCGUGGUUGGUGCUGACGGAGGAGCUGCAGGGGGAGCUCUUCGUCGACCACGAUCGUAUGGUCUACCUGCGGCCGGCGAACGGGCUCGGCUUCGGCGUCGGGCGCAUCGAAGUCGCGGAGCCCGGCACCGCCGGCACCGCCUUUUCGCUCCAGCUGGAGUCCUACACGUACCCGGUGACGAGCGUCAUGGCGCCCUACGCCCCCACCGCGCUGGAGGUCACCGGCCUGCUGAAGCGUGUGGAGUCCACCUCCGGCGAGUACGCGACCUUUUCGCUGGUCGCGACGUGGCGCAAGAAGGACGGAACAAGCGGCAAGUUCAACGCCGCCAAACUCUCCCCGUGGGAUCCCGCCACGAGCGCCAAGCCGUGGGAACCCAGGGCGGAGCUGCAGAGCAUCUUCCACGAGGUCUUUCCCAAGCCACUUGUCCUCACCUCACAUUUGCGGCGGUCGCAGGCGGCGCGUGAGGCGAGCGGUGACCCCGGCCGCGCGCAGCCGCACCACCUCUCACUGGAGCCCUACCACGUGGGUGACGUUCCCGGUCUUCACUACAUCCCCAACUACAUUUCGGAGGACGAGGAGCAGCAGAUACUGCAACUUGUGAAGGACACACCAAAGGAGCUAAAGACGCAGCUGGAGAAGCGUACUGUGCAGGAGUGGGGCUGCACCAUGUGUGAGGAGUGCAACAAGAGCUUCGUUGCCGACAGGAACAUGCCACCGUGGGUGGAUGCCUGUAACGACAUGCUGUUGCAUGAUGGUAUCUUUACCCCGAGCACGUUCCCCAACAGCGUCCGCGUACACGAGUACCAGGUCGGUGAGGGCAUCGGCGCCCACUGUGAUGGGCCUAUUUACGUUCCACUUGUCUCCGUCUUGUCGCUGAACUCCCCGUGCGUCAUGUUUUUUUACGCCCGACGGGAGCCGUAUGCGCAGCCCAUGGAGCACUACAAUGACACCUUCCGCUUUGACACCGGCAUAGCUGUGGAGAAGCCUCUGCAGUUUGUCGUGAUGGAGCCGCGCUCGCUGCUGCUCUUCCGCGGCGAUGCGUACUACUACCACCCACACGGCACCUCGGAUCGUGAGGUGGACGAGCUAUCGCCCGACGUCGCGGGGAAACUUGUCAACCGCCACCUCCUGCAGGACCCCAGUAUCACAGAAGUCAAGAAGUCGUAUCGCGUGAGCAUCACAACGAGAAAUUUGCUGCCGCGCUGCAACCAUCAGCCCACGCGGGCUGAGUACGGUAUGAAGCGGGCGUGGUACGUGUACAACCAGCUGCCGGUGCCGGAGCCGCUCGUGACGCCCGCCCCACUGCCGCCGACGCCAGCAUCAACAACAACAACAAAUACUACUACUACUACUACAGUAAGUGGGAAAAUGCAGGAGCAUAAAGACACUUCAGUAGCCGCAGCAGCGGUUAAAGCAGACUCUGACAUCAAUUUUUCGGAUCUCGAAAAGAAGCUGGACGCCCUACUCACCCAACAAAGCUCUCUUGUGGAGCAGGUAGGUGAGCUUCGUCAGCUGAUGGCAAACGAGGCAACGUUCCGCAGUGAAGUGUCAACAGUGCUGAACCACCUUUCCUCUACGAUGCUGGAUAUCGACAGCAAGCUGGAGGAUAGGGAGGAGCGGGAGGCGAGCAGCAAGUAG